AUGGGCGACAAGGCUUACUAUCAGCCCCCACCGGGACAAAUGCAGCAGCAGCAGUACCCCCAACAAGGGUUUCAGCCGACGUACCAGGACUAUCCUGGUUACCAGCCGCCGGCACAACACCCGUUCCAGAGCAACCAAGGGUACCAACCGCCUGCUCCUCAACAGUUCCAAGCACCUGUGCAGCAGUACCAGGCACCCCAGCAGUACCAACCUCCUCCUCAACAGUACCAGGCUCCUCAGCAGUACCAGGCUCCUCAGCAGCAACCUCAGCCUCAACAGCAGCAGCACCAGCAGCAACAGCAGCAGCAGCAAACACAGCCGCCCAAGCAGCACAAAUGGCGCAAGCGGUUCAAGAAGUAUGGAGGACGGAUGCAGUUCACACACCGUCACGUCGUCAAGGACCAGUCAGCAAGGACCAGCCAGCUGACCGGACAGAUGGGAAACUCGGCCGUCAGCGGCUUUGGCUGGGGUAUCGGUUCGACACUGGCGCGCAAGCUUGUCGAUGCGAUUUUCCGAUAA